AUGACCGAAGCCGCGCUUGACGUUAGCAUGAAAGCAACAAGAGCACGUCUUGGCGCCACCGAUGACUGGAACUGCAACUUAUCAGAGGACGAAAGUGAAGAGCUGGAGAGAUUAGAGGAGGAGUAUCAACAGGAUAAGUGGCGUUUGGAGAGACAGUAUCCUGACACGGGCAAGAUCUUCAAGAAGACCACACGGCCGGAGAAAGGAGUGAGGUCGACUUUGAGAAUGGGCAGUUUGCUGAGCAGGGAGGUCAAGGUGGAGGAUGUGGUGGUGACGGAGGAGGAGGCUGUCACGUCUAAAACUGGUGUUGAUGCAUGGGAGUAUUGGCGCGAGGGGUGGAAGAGUCUGGAGGAGGAGAUUGCGGAGAGUGAGGAGGAGAGGAAGGCUGCUGGGAUUGAGUAUAGCUGGUAUAACUCGACAGCUACGUGCCAGACCGCCGUCGAGGAGGAGUAUGCCAGCGGCAAUGAACAGGAAGAGAGCAGUGAUGAAUCCCAGAGCGAGGUCGACAACGAUGAACGUCCCGAGACUGGACGCAGCACCUGGCCUGUUCCAAGCAAUCCAGAUGACACCGAUAGUUUCGCACUACUCGAGCUACAGGGUCAACAUUCAAGCUUGGGGUCUCUACUGGAGCACAAGGUCCGGCCGCGACUCGAAACAAGACAGCAGCAUCGAGAUUGCUUGACCGAGGCGCUUCUAGGUCUUCCCGUGAUGGUUUGA